AUGGAGAAAAUCAGAAGAGCAUCUCAUGCUGGUUCUUGGUACACAGACAAUCCUAAAGAGCUAGAAGAAGAGCUUGAGGGAUGGCUAAGUGCUGCUGGAUUAACGAAGUCUCCCGAUGUUCGCGGUGUUAUUGCUCCGCAUGCAGGUUACUCUUAUUCAGGUCGUGCUGCAGCUUAUGCUUUUGGAAAUAUUGACCCCACUAACAUUACUCGGGUAUUCCUUCUUGGUCCGUCACACCAUUAUUAUACGGCAAAAUGUGCUCUUUCAACGGCUAGAGUUUACAAAACGCCGAUAGGGGACUUACCUGUUGAUUUGGAAGUUAUUGAGGAACUUAAAGCCACUGGAAAGUUUGAGUUAAUGGACCUUCGUGUUGAUGAGGCAGAACAUAGCAUGGAAAUGCACUUGCCAUAUCUUGCUAAAAUAUUUGAAGGGCACCCGGUGAAAGUUGUACCCAUUUUGGUUGGUGCGCUUAGUGCUGAUAACGAGGCCAUGUAUGGGCGCUUGUUGGCAAAAUAUGUUGAUGAUCCAACUAACUUCUUUUCUGUCUCUUCAGAUUUUUGUCACUGGGGUUCUCGGUUCCAUUACACGCACUAUGACAAGAAAUGCGGCCCCAUACACAAGUCUAUUGAGGCAUUGGACAAGAUGGGCAUGGACAUAAUUGAAACAGGGAGUGCAGAUGCAUUUAAACAAUAUCUGUCCGAGUAUGACAACACGAUCUGUGGAAGACAUCCAAUUAGUGUUUUCUUGCAUAUGUUGAGGAAUUGCUCGACCAAGAUAAAGAUUAAGUUCCUCCGGUAUGAGCAGUCUAGCCAAUGCAAAACAAUGAGAGACAGCAGUGUCAGCUAUGCAUCUGCAGCAGCAAGGGUGGAUGCUUGA